AUGGCAAAAAGUGAGCUGAAGGACUACAUGCUCCGCAAUGGGGGCUCUGUAGCACUGGACUGCGUCAAGUGGUCCUAUAAGUUUGAGAAUUUCCAUGGUGACUCGCAGGGAUGGAGUGAGGCCUCGCUGGAGAUAACACCAAAGGGUGAACUGAUAAUGGAUGGGGAUGCGGUGAUGAUUCCUAGUCUUCAAAAAUGCGAGGUCCAGCUAUUUCCAGAGUUGCGGGUGUUAAAAGUGAAAAGCUUGGAUCUGAAAACUGUGUUCAUCAGAACGCAACAGUCUGAAUUCGAACCUUUGCUUGCAUGCCUUAUGGUAUGGCAGAAUUUGAAACCACAAGGAUACUACAACAAGUACUCAUUUAAUAAGUCUAUUGUCCACAACGAGAACCUUCGGACCAAUGACUUGCUGGUCUGUAGAUUUCGUAUUUACGGACCAGCUCCUAAUUACAAGAAAGUCCAGCUCAAUGAAUUGCCAAAAACUCCAUUGUAUCCUUCUGAAGACAAACAAACGGAAGGAUGGUUUACAGCCAUGGGAUAUUUGAAGCGUGAUGGCAUUCUGGAUUUGUUGUGCGAGAGCGAUGGUACGUUAUUGUACUCUGUUGAUAUUACAAAGUUGUACUCCUCUGAAAUCAGGCCUGUCCAUCAUUCGGUGUUCCAGCAGCCAAAUAUCCUUUUUGUUGGACAAAUAAACGAGCUUCGUCGAAACCAUAGGUAUGCGAACGAAAUUGAUAGCGAGGACGAUGCUCCGUUUAUCCUGAAGAACGGUAAGUCUUUUUCGAAUAUCCACAGAAUUCUUAUUCAGUUUGAUUUGGGCAUAGAUCUGAGAGACUGGAUUGUGGCGCUCAAAACAUUUACCAAGCUCGAGUACAUUGGAAACAGACUCACCAAGGACAGAAUGAGGUUAGUCAAAAACUACAAGCUGGAGGUUGUUGAAGCCAGAUUCAACAAUCUCUCCCUGAACGAGAAUCUUCAUCUUUAUGUUGAGCUGCAUAUGUGGGGAGGGCCAUGGUACAGAACUGCUAUUGUCAAGAACUCGAAUCAGAAUCCAUUCUGGAAGGAAUUGUUUGACCUGGACCUUCCUCCGUCUGCAGAGUUUUUCAAGCUCGUCUUAAAGUCAUCCAAUAACAGUUCAGUUUACAAUCUGAUGGAGGAAGAUCCAGUGAUUGCCGGAGCAUUCGUGACACCUGACUUCAUGACUGAACCACAAAUGAUGAAGAAGCUGCCGCUUUACGGCGAACAAAGCCAUGAGAUUGGAUCCGUCACUAUCAAUUUGAGUCUUCGUGAGAUCCAUAUCAUGUCAUACAAGAAUUAUAGAAUGUUUGAGGGAAUGAUGAAAGGUAUUGACGUGCGCGACCUUCUAAGAUUUGUCACCCCAUUGAUAGAGCCUCAGAACGUGGACGACUUAUCGCAAAUGCUACUGGAUAUUUACCAAAGCGCUAAUAUGGAACACGAAUAUUUUGAGCAAUUGAUGUCGUUUGAGCUGGAAAGUCUCAAAAAUUCCGGAUCAAAACGAAAUUCAACCUCACUCACUAAUAAUCUCAAUACUCUAUUCCGCGGAAGAUCGCUCCUCUCAACUUCGUUAGAGAAGUAUCAGAUUAGAAUCGGUCAGGAAUACCUUGAAAAGUUGCUGGGAGAAUUCAUAGCCCAGAUCUGCGCCGAAAAUCUUAUUUGCGAUCCAAACCCAAAGACUUAUCCAAAUACCCAUGAAGAACACUACCAAAACCUUUUGAACUACGUGGAGGAGCUAUGGAACAGAAUCUACACCACUUCUAAUGAUCUUCCUGAAGAACUCAAACGGGAGUGGGGUCGUUUGAGAAGCAAGGUCGAGCAUUCAGUGGAUCCAAACGAUACAGAGACUCCCCUGAAUGCUUUAUGCUCGUUUAUUUUCCUUCGGUUCUUGUGCCCGGCAAUUUUGAAUCCAAAGUUGUUCAACUUGUCAAAGAACCAUCAACGGGGUAGAGUUUCCAAGACUCUAACGUUAAUUGCAAAAGUCCUUAUGACGCUUGCAAACAGGUCACAGUUUGCUCCACACAAAGACCCAGAACUUCUUCGCCUAAAUGAGGACUUCUUUGACAAACGAAAUGAUGAGCUGCGCUUGUACUGUGACCGAAUAAGCGGGCGCAAAAUGGACUUCACCGAGAAGAAACUCGAAAUGACUAAUGCCAUAGGAAAACCCUCGCUGACUGCUUCUGAGGAAAUUUUGAGUGAACUUCCGUCCAGGUCAUAUCUGAUUGACAAGUACCUAAGACUUGCUGAGUUUGCCUCGCUUCUCGACUCAAAGAAUUCGGAGAACAUAGUUUCAAAGGAGUCCAAAAGGAAGUCCGUCUUGAGCGAGCUGAAGCUAGAACUGCUGGGGUUGGACGACACAGACUUCGGAUCGAGAGACUUCAUCAAGACGUUGUUGGAAGAUGGAGAUGAUGAGCUCAACCAGCUGAUAUUGGAGAAACAAAGCAUCAACCUGGAAGAUCUAAAGCGCCAGGCUUCAGUCGUGGUAGCUAAAACCAAAGCUAUGGAGCAAGCCAUCUCUGAAACAGAACUUCCAUCUGAUUUUACAACGGACACGUUUAUGGAAUUUGUGAACUCCAUCCUUAAGGCCGCAAGAGUUGAUCGGGAUCACUGUGUCGUGUACGAUCUGAUAGGCAAUGAUAAUGGUAGCCUGGAAUCAUAUCUCAAAUACCAGAGACACUCUGCAGACAGUCCUUGCUUGAAGUCGAAACACUUGAAAGAGCAAGUCAGCAAGUCUGGCAGCGUCCAAUCAGUUUCCACGCUCCGCAAUAGCAUAUCGUCCGCAAGUCUGUCAUCGCCAAAGAGCACCUUUAAAAAGCUUUUCAAACGCAGGUCUAUAACUUGA